GAACAGGAUUUGACCUUCGACUCUGGUUUAUCAGAAAGCAUUGACUUUCCAACAGAAAACCGGCUGUUGUCAUCAAGUGGCGUAAACUCAACUGUCAGCAAUUCCAUAAAUUCGUCCUUAAGACACCAAGGCAUUACUGCAAUCAAACGGGAUGAGAGUUCCUUUGCAGCAUCCUCCUUUCUUCAUUCGGGAAAUGAGAUUCAGCCAUUUAUCCCUUCAAUGAAUGAAUCCAUAGACGUUAACGAAUAUCGGGAUGAAAUUGAAAGAGAGAGUGAUUUACACUUCCUUUCAUCAGACAGCGGCUUCCAGGUAGCCAUCAACUCGUCAAACGGAAGCACUUUGAAAGGAGAUCUUUCAUCCAACAAUAUCUCAUCGCACUCUCUUCCCUCAGGCUAUCCUGCAAUCAAUACUAGUCAGCAUUACUCCUACCAAACACCUGUACAAUUUCCACAUGUUUCAGUAAUAAAUUCACACUCGACUCUUGGUCAAGUGCUAACAAGAAAUAGUGAUCCAAAUGCGGCUCCUGAUUCCCUAAAUUCCCUCAUUCGGUAUCAGAGCGAUCCUACUUCAGCUCCAACAAUAUCCGUUUCUGACACUGCUUACAGUGAGAAGAAUAUACGCUCUUCCAAACCUCAGCGGUUAAUCAAGCGGCAAGACGUGAAACAAAAUAAAGGUCGAGGGGAGGGAAACAAGCUCUUGAGCACACGAGCGACACAGAUUUUGGAGGGGUGGUACGAGGCCAACACUGAGUGGCCCUAUCCGACAAAGGCAGAGAAGCAAAUGAUGGCUUCAGCUGGGGCAAUUACCAUCGAACAGGUUAGUAGACAUGCUUACCUCUUGCGACGCCAAGCUUAUAUCGUUAACUCUUGGUUUGCUAACCGCCGCAACAGAAGUCAGAAUACGCGACCAAAAAAGAACAUGAUUAAGUUAGUUAACGCUCUAUCAGGCCUAUGCGAUGAAUACCAGGAGGUCUCUCGCGGCAUCAUCUCAUCCUCAGAUAUGAAGAAUCGAAUCCUCGCUCUUAUAAACUACCACUUACAAAGAAGGCAAUAA